CCAAACAGUUCUCUAUGCAGCCAUUUAAGGCCGCUCGCCCCCAUGUGAGGUGCAGCGCCACGGCGACGACUACCACGACAACUGCUCCCGGAAAGGUGGCGGACCUGAAGCUGUGGAAGCCCAUUAAUCUCACGAAGAACAAUCUUGUUGGAGCGCAGGGUGGCGAGACCACCCGCAACAUCGACGGCGUUGUCUACUAUGUUUCAUAUGACACCACGAAAGACGACAUUGUGGUUGUCGACCGCAAGCUUGGCGUGCGCUUCCCCGCGGCCAUUGACGACCAGAACCGUGUUCGGAUCGACACCUCCAACCCGAUGCCACACGCCGUUGCGGGCUUCAGUGUUGAGACCUACCAGCCCAUAUUGCGAGCUAAUGCACCCAGUGCCGAAACCAUCAACGGCCGUGUAGCCAUGGUUGGCUUUCUUGGCAUCGCCGCCGUGGAGGUGCUUUCUGGUCAGUCGGCUCUGCAGCAGCUGACCUCGUCAACGGGCGCUGCCGCAGCGGUGGCUACGGGGCUGCUAACGCUGGCCGCCUCUAUUGCUCCGGCGGUGGCGGGCCGUGUGCCGGCGGCUAAGGUGGUGGCGAACGAGAACGACAGCUUUCCCGACGGCCCGCUGCCGUACACGUGGAACGCGCUGGCGGAGAAGCUGAAUGGUCGAGUGGCGAUGGUGGGCACGUUGGGCCUGAUCCUGGUGGAGCAGUUUGCGCGCGGCGGCGCGGCACUGCUUUGAAUAGUGAGGACCUAGCGCAGGAGGGCGU